GGAAGUAAAGACAUGUCUAAAGGAGACAGGGGAAACUUUACUAAAUGAACAGAUAAACCUUCACACACGCUUUACCUGCUCCUCCUGACCAGAUUUACAAAGAGACUCUGUCACGAACGACAAUUUACAGUCUUAUCGGGAAAUUGAGUCCGAGAAUGGCAGAGAAGGUGCUGGUCACAGGUGGAGCUGGCUACAUUGGGAGUCACUGUGUGGUGGAGCUCAUUGAAGCAGGUUACCAGCCAGUUGUAAUAGAUAACUUCAGUAACGCUGUAAGAGGAGAAGGGGAUGUGCCAGAGAGCAUACAUAGGAUAGAGAAGCUCCUGAACACCAGCAUUGAGUUUCAUGAACUUGAUCUUUUGGACCAACCUGGCUUGGAAAAACUAUUCAAAAAGCAUUCUUUCAGUGCGGUGAUGCACUUUGCUGGUCUCAAGGCUGUUGGGGAGUCAGUGGAGCAGCCGUUACGCUACUACAGAGUCAACCUCACUGCCUCCAUGAACCUGCUUGAGGUGAUGCAGGCUCACAGGGUGCACAAUCUGGUCUUCAGCAGCUCAGCUACAGUAUACGGAGACCCGCAGCACCUUCCCAUCGACGAGCAGCACCCCGUGGGUGGCUGCACCAACCCCUACGGCAAGACCAAGUACUUUAUCGAGGAGAUGAUCAAGGACCACUGUAAAGCUGAGAAGCAGGACUGGAAUGCAGUGCUGUUGCGGUAUUUCAACCCGAUUGGAGCCCAUUCCUCUGGUGUGAUAGGAGAGGACCCUCAGGGUAUCCCCAACAACCUGCUGCCAUAUGUAGCCCAGGUUGCCAUUGGGAGAAGAAAGUGCCUCAAUGUGUUUGGGAAUGACUACGACACACUUGAUGGGACAGGUGUGCGAGAUUAUAUCCACGUUGUAGAUCUGGCAAAAGGACACAUAGCUGCUCUGAAGAAGCUGAAGGAAGACUGCGGGUGCAAGGUUUACAACCUAGGAACAGGGACAGGCUACUCUGUGCUGCAGAUGGUGAAAGCCAUGGAGAAGGCAUCAGGGAAAGAGAUCUCAUACAAAAUCGGUCCACGUAGAGGAGGAGACAUAGCGUCAUGCUACGCUGACCCUCGUCUAGCUGAGAACGAGCUGGCCUGGAAGGCUGAAUUUGAUCUGGAAAGAAUGUGUGAGGAUCUGUGGCGUUGGCAGUCCAUGAACCCCACCGGAUUUUCCAACGGCACAGCCUCUUGAUGCAACCCCAGCUGUUUGUUGUUCCUCUUCUAAAUCACCGGGCCAAAGCAAACCAUCAACUUCCUCCUUUUUGCAUAUCACAUAAACACAGGAUGAGACCUCAAGAGGAGCUGAAUGCUUUAUGUCUUGUCAUGUUUGAUUUUCUAUUUGUUCUAUACUAAUAGUUAAAGCUUAUUCUCUAAUUACUGUUUACAUAGAAGAGUGUCUUUCUGGUCUCUGUGUGUUGUCAUUUCAGAUAAACAAUGGAUAUUUUCUCUAUUAAUGUAUUGAUCUGUGAGCCAUAACAAUGAAAGAAUAAAUUAAUUUUCUUACUGA